AUGUCUGGGAAUAGCACCACUUUCAGAGGUCUGUGGGAUGAAAAUCCCUUUGAUUCGAUUCCACUUCCCUUCAAAUCAUUGCUGCCUGUCCAGAUUAUUGCAGCAUCUGUGGCCGCCGUCUUAUACCGAAUAUUCUUUUCGCCAAUUCGCCACAUUCCCGGUCCCUUCCUGGCCAAGUUUACUCGGCUAUGGCAUAUUCACGCAAUCUUGGCCGGGAAACAGAACUUGAGGCUGCUCGAGCUUCACAAGAAGCACGGUCACUUUGUCCGCAUCUCCCACGAUGAAGUCAGCAUCACUCAUCCCAACGCCGUCAAGGCGCUCUACCUGACCCCCAUACCAAAGGGAAACUGGUAUCGUGCCUUUGUGUUUCCUGAUUGGCGAUUCCCGCUUUCCAUGGCGAUACAAGAUCCACGGGAAAAGGCCGACUUCUUGAGAUACCUUUCGAAUGCAGGUUUCUCUCUCACCAACAUUCUCCAACGCGAAAGAGACAUGGACGAGCAGAUUGAAUUGCUAAAAGGCUGGAUGGACAAAUAUUCCGCAGAAAAGAAACCCAUGCACCUGGACAAGUUUCUAACCUAUACCGCCUUUGACCUGGUGGGCGUGGUUACCUUUUCCAAGCCAUUUGGUUUCAUCCGGCAAGGCAUCGACGUCGGCGACGCCAUUCUCUCAGCCAUGCGUCUGCAGGUGUACCUAUGCACUGUCGGGUUUUAUCCCUGGGUGUCGUACCUUUUGAGCAACCCGUUUGUGACCUGGACCGAGCUGAUGCCCGUCGGUCUGUUGGCACUCAAGUCGGCCAGGGCGCUGGAGCAGCGCCGAAAGAAUCUUGACGCCCAGUUCGACAUGUGCAGUCACUGGUACAAGGGUCUAGAUAAAGCUAAGAGGGACGGGUAUACCAGGUUCUCUGAGAGAAGUGUCCUGGCGGCUGCCGUGUCCAAUGUUGGGGCAGGAACGGAAACGGUCUCCUGUGGUUUACAGUCCACUAUCUAUCAUCUUUUACGUCGACCGGCAGAAUGGCAGCGCAUCAAGGACGAGAUUGAUCACGCGUGCAAGGAAGGUCGAUGUCAAACCCACAUUGUUUCCUACGAAGAUGCAUCUAGGCUCCCGAGACUAGAGGCUGCAAUCAAGGAAGCGUUGCGCAUUCUUCCUCCCGUCCCGAUGGGCCUGCAACGACUCGCACCCGAUGGAGGCGUCACGAUUGGAGGCACGCAUUUUCCAAAAGGAACGACACUUUCAGUGAGCCCAGCGGUUAUACAUCUUUCAAAGGAAAUUUGGGGCCCAGACGCCGAAGAAUACAACCCCGAUCGUUGGUUCUCGCCUGAUAUCGCCAAGAAAGAGAAAUAUUUCAUGCCGUGGAGCGCAGGAUGGGCAUCGUGUCCAGGCCAGAAUUUUGCCAAAGUACAAUUGUUCAAAAUCAUAGCAACGAUCGUGCGAGAUUAUGACUUGGAAUUUGUCAACCCAGACAAGGAGUGGGAAUGGGCGGCAUAUUUCACUGUGCUUCCACAUGACUGGCCAGUGCAUCUCACUAAAACCAAGGCUCCUGUAGGAGGCAGUUGA